AUUCGUAUUGGAACACGCCUAAUGUCAAACAAAAAAAUAGUCAAGCGGUCGAUUUAUUUUGCAAAUCGUAAAAUCUAAGUAAAAAUUAUGUUGUUUUUAUAUUUGUUCUAAUUAAAUUGGCAAGUGAAUUGUGAUUCUUACAAUUCGUUCGACAACACAGUUUGGUUGCCGGCAAGAUGUCCAAGUGGCAAUCUGAAAGAAGCAUCCACGAAAUGUUAAAAGACACACCACCAAUUCGCGAAUCCAGCGAUUCCAUCAACUCUGGGACUGAAGCCAAGUUCCCUACGUCCCGUUCUAUGCCUUUCCCACCGGCCUAUGCUCCACCAGACGUAUCACAAAAUGGCGCUGCAGGCUCCAGCACUCUUCUCCGAGCUGGCUCGACAAAACUGGAGUCCCUCCGCAACUGGAGCGUCUCUACUUACAAAUGCACGAAGCAAAUCUUGUACGAAAAGCUCGGUAAAAGCUCCAGGACUGUAGAUACAGAACUGGAAGCCCAAAUCGAGAUGCUUCGCGAGACGCAGCGCAAAUACAACGGCAUUCUUCGCCUGAGCUCCGCGCUCACGGCGCAGCUGACGGCCGCCGGCCACACGCAGCGCGCGCUCGGCGAGGCCUUCGCGGAACUCGCGCAGAAGUCGCCGGAGCUGCAGAACCAAUUCCUGUACAACGCGGACACCCAGCGCUCGCUGACCAGGAAUGGCGAGACGUUGUUAGCGGCGCUGCACUUCUUCAACAACUCGCUCAACACCCUCACCAAUAAGACCAUCGAGGACACCUUACUGACCAUCCGGCAGUAUGAAGCGGCUAGAGUGGAAUACGACGCGUACCGCAGUGAGCUAGAAGCCAGCGGUGGGAACCCGCCCGAGCUGCUGCUGGGCAACAUUGAGCGCCACCGACGCCAUUACGAGCGCCUUCGAGACGACUCGGCCGUCAAGCUCAAACUGCUGCACGAGAACAGGGUGAAAGUGAUGAACAAACAGCUCCUACUAUUCCACAACGCGGUGUCUGCUUACUUCAGCGGCAACAACGUAGCCUUAGAGGCAGCGGUGCGGCACUUCAACAUACACUCGCCCCUCCCCGCUGCCUCACCCCCUCCACAGCCGCUGCCGAGGACCGCUUAAGGAUGAACCUUAUUACAAGCCGAUAAGGUCUGUUUUUGAAUACUAUCACUAGUGGAACGGUUUAACCUUCAAAUCAAGCCAAUCAGGUCUGAUUCCGAAACAAAUAAGUUCUGUUUUUGAAUACUAAGUCUAGCGAAGCGAUCAUUUGCUGUCAUAAUUGAAAUUACAACCUUCUUAUAAAGCAGUAAGGUAUAGAAUCGUCGGAUCUUAUUCGGUCGUGAAAAUUGAAAUCAACAUAGUGUCCCAUCCCGGCCGCUUUGCCUCCUCCACAACCGCUGCCGAGAACCGCCUAAACCUUAAUGCAAGGGAAUAAGGUCUGUUUUUGAAUACUAUCUCUAGCGGGACGGUUUAACCUUAUUUCAAGAAAAUGAGGUUUGAUUUCAUAUGAAGCGAAAAUGAUCCUUAGUUGCUGCCAUGUAACCUUAUUGCAAUCCAAUAAGGUCAGUUUUCAAACAACGUGGCCUUAGAGGCAGCGGUGCGGCACUUCAACAUACACAACCCAAUAUGCUCUCUAUUGUAAACUGAUUAAGACAGUGUUUCUUAUGGGAGUACGUAGCCUUAUCUAUGGAUUAUUUAACAAUCAUAAAUAAAUGCCACAAAAAAUCUCGUUUGCUUUAUUAUUAAGAGGGUCCUUAAAAUUGAAAAUUGUCCUAAGGGGUCAGUGGACAAAAAGAGUUUAAGAAACAAUAGAUUUUGACAUAAAUUCGUUCGGUAAUGAUCUCGAGUAUUCCUUUACAAUUUAAUUUGACUCGAAAAAGCCAAAAAUUUAGAUUUUAUUUUACUAAAAUUACUAACUUAUUCCAAAGGGCUUACAUUAUUUAUUUCCCUUUUUUAUUUUUAUAUCCAAUUUAUAUGAAUAUUUUUUAUAUUUAUUAUUUUAGCUAAUAAAAAGUGAUAUGCAUAUGCAAGUGUUAACUCUUUUUUAAUAUUAGGUACCUUAUUUUGUAGCAUUUUUUUCAUCAAAUUAACAUAAAUACACUAAACAAGAUUAUUCUUUUCUUAGACCUACUACAGACUACUACUAGUUAGAUUGGAAAGAUAAAUGGCCUAUGAUUUCGUUGCAAUCAUUUAACCAUACCAAUCUUAUUAACAUUUCAUAUUCAUGUUUCUACACAGUUUGAUUAAUGACAUAGAUCAAUAAAUCGAGUUAAAAAUAGAUUUAUUUAGUUUACUUUCAAUGAUAACUAACUGAGAUAAAUAUUUUUAG